AACAAAUAACAUCUUGUGCUUGUUAUCGUAGUAAUUGAUAUAAUUUAUACUAGUUUAUAUUAAAAUUAAACAUGGAUCAGGAUUGUGUUAAUAUACGAAUGGAGGUAGAUGCGAAGACAAAUAAAUUGUCCUUAACUGACUUUUAUUUCUCGAAGAAACCUUUAGAAAAUGGUUUAUCAACAGAAUCAGAUUGUAAAGAAAGUGAUUCCAACGCAAAUUUACUUGAUUCAGCGAACACUUGUGAUGAUAACGAUGCUUCGAAUGAUGAAAUUGAUCGUGAUUUCUUAAAAUAUGCUCCAGUAUUCUGGUCUUGGGGUUUGGAAUAUAAUAGUGAUCAUUUACCUAAUUUAAGUAAAGAAGUCUUGGAGAAUAUAGUAAAAGCACUAAAUAGUAAAAGUUCAUCACCAGAGCAUAAAGAAAAAUCAGAAUAUUAUGAGCGCGGAUGCAGGCUUGUUAAAAAAUAUCAGAAAGACAGAAAACCCCUUAGAAUCGAACAACAAGAACCACAUAUUGUUCAUAAGAUUAACUGGCGUACAGGGCCUGCACGCCUAUGGUAUGAUUACUUGGGAUUGCCUUUGGAUGCAACAAGUGUUGAUUAUGGUUUUAAAAUUAAAAAUAUACUCGAAAAUCAAAGAAUGAAUGCUAAUAAUAAAUUGUUAGACAACAAUAGUUCAAAUAAUAAUACCAUUGAAGACAGUGGUAUUCAUUCGAAUGGCAAUCAUAAAUGUUUUCCUGAUGAUGCUUUUCUGAUGGUUACUCAGCAACAAUGGGAAGACGAUGUUAUAUGGGAUGCUACCAUGCAUAGAGAAAAAAUAAUGUCCAAGAUUUUAUCAUCAGAAGUGUUUACUGGUUGGACUCUAAAAAAAUAUACUAAUCAAUUUUAUAGCUUAGAUUCUGGACCUUUGCGCAAUGGCAACGUGAUACCGUCUACCUAUAGACAAGACUUCUUGCAAAAACGUGGUGGUAGAUGGUUCAGUUCAUUGCCUGUUCUUUUAGAUGUUGAACAUAGAGAUUAUAUUUGGGAAGAUGAUGUUAUUUGGGAUUUUGAAACAGUAGAGAAAAUACUAAAACCUAACUUGAGUUAUGCAUUGCCUGAAUCCACUUUUCAAGACCGUGGCGCAACAGAUAUUGAAAAUCAUCUGGCUGCAAGGGAUAUCAAAAACUUACGUAAACAUAUACCACAAGAAGAAGAUAACUUCAAUAUUUCGAAUGAUUAUUUUUAUGAUUAUGAUGAUCCCCGAGAUUAUACAAGAAGAGCUCAUUUUCUUGCAGUUAUACAGCAUGCUGAGGGUAUUCUACGGCUUCAAGAUCCGUAUGUCAUGAUUAACUUCACAACUCCUAUGACACGAGCAUUUCACCGUAAUAAGCUUAUCUCCCAUCCUAGUCCAUAUGUUGAUGAUGACUAUGAUGAAGAAAUUACAACCCACAAAUAUUUGAGGUUGAUCAAGACUCAAGAAAUUAAUACCGUAGUUGAUAAUAGCAGAAUGAUAGAAAAAUUAAAUACUUUAGAAGAAUUAUCUGGUUGCAGUGGGAACUUGAUACUUGUAGAGUGGUCAGAUCAAUAUCCAUUGUUUAUAAACGAGAUGGGUAUGUGUUCAGCAAUAAUCAAUUAUUUAAAACGAGAUCGAUUAAUGAAACAUUUUGUCAAGUCUACCUGCAAUUAUGGGAGAACAGCUUAUGUUCAUCAGUCUCCAUUUUCUGGUGACAUAUCACCUGGAAAAUUUUAUUCGGCUUUGGAGAAUAAUAUGUAUCGAGCACCAAUCUACCAGCAUAAAAUUCCUGCUAUUGAUUUUAUAGUGAUCAGGCGAGGGGAUGAUUAUUAUGUUCGUGAAUAUAAUGCAUUAUUUCUUGCUGGUCAACAAUGCCCGUUUAUGCAAAUUCCAAGUCCUUCAUCCUUAGAAGCUAAAAACAUUAAAAACAGCAUGCUAUUGGUGUACAUCUAUCGUUUAUUUUGGAGUAGCCCUUAUGAGCCAAAAGUUAUUGUUAUGAGUGAUUUAAAAAGAAAAUUUCCUAGCGUUCCGGAGCAAAUGUAUCGAUCAAAAUUAAAUAUGUGUGCUACUUAUCGAAAAGUUGAUCAUGAUGGGCUAAAUGGGUUUCACUGGGUGCUUAAAUCAGAUUUUCAUUUACCAUCAGAACGGGAAAUGCAGGCUAUGGUAAGUCCAGAACAAUAUUGUGCUUACUUUAGCAUGCUGGCUGCUCAUCAAAGGUUAAAGGAUAUUGGACUAGGAUGUAAAUUUUUUAUUCGAGAUUCUCACAAACGAUACUUGGAGGCUGAAAUGUCCAGGGCACCUUGGAAUAUAACAAACGAUUAUAUGAAUGCAACUGCUCGUAAUACCAGACUUAUGAAACAGAAUCAAAGCAUAUCUGAAAUUAAUCAAGCUGCACAAGGAGCAACUGAAAACAAGCUUAUGCCAGCAUCUUCAAUGCAUGACAGCAGAACAGCAAGUAAAAAUUCUGAGCAGGUUGAUGUUAGUAUGACAGUUAAAGAAGCUACAGAGUUUUUGAAAGCUAUUGGAGUUUCUUCCGCAGUGACUAAAAAGUUAUCCACAUGGGAUAUAUUAGAUGCAGCGAGAACAACAAAGCGCAACAUACAGUUUUCAAAAUUUCAAAAAUUUUAUAAAAAAGUAUUGCCAAGAUCAACAAAUCAAGAAUCAACAAUCGAAUUUACAAAACAAACCAGGUAUAAAAAGGAUUUUCAACGAACAUAUGAAGUGCAAAGAUCAAAAUUGUCUUCUGAACAGAUUUUAUCUUCAGAUGAUACAGAUAGAAGCAGUACUUCAAGUGGUGAAGAAGAAGAAAUUGAAAGAUUAGGAAAAUUAGUUGAAUUCAAGUUGAUUGAUAAAAACAAAGACGCAAUGAAUGACACAAAAUUCAUCAAUCAUAAAAGAAAAUUAGAACGUUAUUUGGAACAUAGAAAACGAAAAAAAAUGAAAAUAGAAAAAGAGGAUCAGCGAAUUACUGUUAAACCAAAUGAAUGCCUAAGAAUUGCAAGGAUUAUAAUAGGCCCUGAUGGAAAAGAAACUGAGGAAGUAGAAUAUAUUAGAGAUUCAAGAGUUGUUAAUAUGUAUAUCGCCAUUCGAACUACCAAAGAUGAAAAGUUUUUGGAAGACUUCAUAGGAGGCGAAGAAAACAAAAGGAAAAAGGUUGAAAGGAAGGCAGUAAAGAUAAAGCCACAAAUCCGAUUAUCCGAACUGAAACCGCAGAAGUCUAAAACAUACUCCAAAAAGCAAUCAGCUGCUGAUAUAAUUAAGAAAGAGGCGCAUGAUCAAAAAAAGGACAAAAUUAUCAAAGUGAAAAUUGUACCGCCCUUCAAAAUUAUUUUGAAUAGAACAGCAGAAAAGCUGAAACAUCCACCGUCUUUGUUUAAAAAGAAAACUUCUAUUCCUAAGCGAGAGAUCUAUGCUUCUCAACCAGUUAUCAAAUUGGAAAAUUCAAGAAAAAGUUACCAUCCUCGAAUGUCAUAUAAAAGAAGAGAUCCUGUGGUAAUGUUUUGUGCAAUUUUGGAUGACAUUCUCAUUAAUAUAAGAAAAGAAGUAUUUGCUAAACCAUUUUUGGUUGCUGUUAAUCCUAAGCAUUAUCCUGAUUAUUACAUCAAAGUGGUGAAACCCAUGGAUUUAUUAAUAAUACAUGAAACAAUUAGAAAGCAAUUAUACACAACUCGAGAAAUGUUCUUAAGUGAUGUGAAUCAAAUAGUUGUUAAUUCAACAACAUAUAAUGGAGUGGAAUCUAUUUAUACUAGAGAUGCCAUUAAGUUGCUAAAUAAAUGCGUUGAAAGGCUCUCAGAGCGUGAAAUUGAAUUAAUUGAAUUAGAAAAAAUGAUCAAUCCACUUCUAGACAAUGAUAAGGCUGCUAUAUCUUUCAUAUUUACAAAUAUUUUAAAUAAAGUUCGCCUCCUGCCUGAAUCAAGACCGUUUUGGAAACCAGUUGACAAAUUGAAAUACAAGGAUUACUAUGACAUAGUGAAAAAUCCCAUGGAUAUGAAUACAAUUGCCCAAAAUCUUAAAGAUCAGCGUUUUCAUACAGCUGCCGAUUUUUUAGCACAGUUUGAACUAAUUGUUCACAAUUCAGACACUUAUAAUGGGCCAGAUUCCUCAUACAGUCAAUGUGCUAGAACUGUAUUGGAAUUAGCUAAAGAAUCAUUGGCUGGGGUCCAAGACUUUAUACACACUCUUGAAGAAAAUAUAGAAAAGAUGAAUACAGAUAAUGUUUCUUCAGACAGCGAAGAAAGUCCAGAACUGGAUGCUAGCAAAAAUAUUUCAAGAAAUACUAAUAAUUUAUCACCUAGGAUUUAUAAAGAUACAUCUGAUUCAAGAGAAUGCUUAAAUUACAAUUCUUGUAAUGAAAAUCAUUCUGAUCAGAUUGAACUAAUAUCAAGCAGUCAACAUCUUGAUAUAAGUGAUAAUAUGAAUGACAAUGAUCUUGAAUUUUAA